AAAGUGGCAGGUUUAAAGAAACACAAACUGAUCGAUCCUGUGAGUUAUUUGAAGAACUAUAUAUGUCAGAAACACGAGAGACCUCUGGAGCUGUUCUGUAGAGAUGAUCAGACGUGUGUGUGUCUGAUGUGUGCUGUGAAAGAACACAAGACCCACAACACUGUUUCUUUAGAAGAGGAGAGUGAAGAGAAGAAGACUCAACUGAUGAAUACACAGAAAGAUGCAAAACAGAUGAUCCAGGACAGAAUCAAGAAGAUUCAAAACAUCAAACACUCAGCAGAAGUCAGAAAAAGAAACACAGAGGAGGAGAAAGCCGCCCGUGUUGAGCUCUUCACUGAUCUCAUCCGCUCCAUUGAGAGAUCUAAGUCUGAAGUGCUGGAGAUGAUUGAGGAGCAGCAGAAAGCAGCAGAGAAAGAGGAGCAAGAGCUCAUUGAAGAGCUGGAGCAGGAGAUCACUGAGCUAAAGAUGAGAAACACUGAGCUGGAGCAACUCUCACACACUGAAGAUCACCUCCACCUCCUACAGAGUUACUCAUCCCUGUCCAGCCCUGAAAACACCAGGAACUGCUCUGAGAUCAGUGUGAAGACUCAUAAGAGUCUGGAGACUCUGAGCAGAGCUCUGACUAAACUACAAGACACUCUACAUGAGAAACUUACUGACCUGAAGUGGAACCAGCAGUGGAAGCAGCAGAAUGCAGUGGAUGUGACUCUGGAUCCUGGUACAGCUCAUCCUAAACUCAUCCUGUCUGAUGAUGGAAAACAAGUGAGAUAUGAAGACACUGAGCAGAAACUACCAGACAAACCAGAGAGAUUUAAUACAUGUCCUUGUGUCAUGGGAAAGGAGGGAUUCUCCUCAGGGAGAUUUUAUUUUGAGGUGCAGGUGAAGGGAAAGACUGAAUGGACUUUAGGAGUGGCCAGAGAAUCCACUGACAGGAAGGGUAAGAUCACACUGAGUCCCAGUGAUGGAUACUGGACUGUGGUUCUGAGGAAUGGGAAUGAAUAUUGGGCCUGUGAUGAACCCUCCAUUUCCCUGCAUCUGAGUGUGACAAGUCAGCAGCUCGGUGUGUUUGUGGAUUAUGAAGAGGGUCUGGUCUCCUUUUAUGAUGUGGAGUCAGGCUCUCAUAUCUACUCUUUCACUGGCCAGUCUUUCACAGACAAACUCUAUCCAUAUUUUAGCCCAGGCUCCAAUAAUGGUGGUCAGAACUCAAGCCCACUGAUCAUCACACCUGUCAGUUAAAAUAAAUGAAUUUACACCCCUUAUAUAAAAUACUAGAUGAAAAUAAUUAUUUUUAUAAUUAAAAACCUAAAUACAUUAAAUAUGUAUGGUAUGGGGUCUGGUAUGUAUGGUGUGUGCUGCCAUUCAAAAGAUGAAUUGUUUAUAUAAUUUGUUUUUAAAAUCUACUAUAAUUACAUGUUUAGGUACAAAAAAUAUUUGUUUUAGAAUAUUCAAUAAAUUAUUUUGUUGCACAAAAUGUUCUACAUUUGAUAAAAUUACCUUGAUAUAUCAUAAAACUGUAUGAUGUCCAUAUUCAUGGAAUAUACCACACUACUUCAAGGUACCUAAAAAUACCAAAUCACAGUUUUAGUUUGAAGUGUCAAAUCCACUGAGGAGCCCAGAGAAUA